UUUUCAGUUUGCUACAUUCAUGUAUGUUUGUAUGUUCAUCGCAGCUACAUUCUCAACAAAACUUCCAGCAGAAACAAACGAAAAUGUCAAUAACAAUCCUGACUGGACCCUGGCAAUGAAAAAAAUUGAAGACCUACAGAGAAUUGUCAAUAUUCAGAACAACCGUAAUUCGACAUUAGAGAAGCGACCUAUAGAUGCAGAUGUGCAGCUACUAUUACAGAGUACUAUAACGACGUAAAAUGAACAAAUUUUACAACUGGAGGAACGAGUUCGCGAGUUAGAGGCAACGAUAAGAGAUGAAGAUAACCAGCCAAAUACUCCUUUUGCAGGUGGUCCGUUGCUUGAAUCUAACCAAACCGAAAUUAAUCCAAAAACAAACAUGUUUAGAAAAGCACGCCUACUGAAUAUUCAACCGAUAAAAGCACCUGCUGAGAGUGUUGCUUUUUACGCUUAUUUUUCGUCUUCUUCUAUCCCAGCCACUUCUCCGCACUAUAUUCUAGCUUUUGACAAGGUUAUAACAAAUGUAGGAAACGCCUAUCACCCUCACAUGGGUACAUUCAUCGCUCCGAGGUCAGGGCUUUAUGUAUUCACCUGGACAAUUAGAUUAUGGGGACACCGAUAUCACAACACCGAACUCCUGGUUGAUAACAAUGUCGUGCAUAUAACAUUUUUCAAUCCUGCUAAUGUUGUUGACGGUAGUGUCACUGGUAUUGUCGUUGUCCAUGUCGAUCAAGGCGACGAUGUCCUUGUGAGAACUGGGUCACAACUCAAUGGCGGCGAUAUUGGUAACGAUUUUAACGGCCGGUCGUCGUUUGCUGGUUGGAUUCUAAUGUAAAUAAUUAUGGAGUAACACAGUAUGAUCGAAAUUAAAUUAUGACUUCAGUUGUCCUUUGUGUGUGGAAGUUAUUGGUUUGCAUUGAUCCUUUAUAGAUUCGUUUAUUCAUGAGAAAAAACUAAGCACGAGUGUAUUUAGUUCAUAAUCGAGGAUGAUAUCAACUGAUAUUGAACCCCAGUUGGAGGUGUCACCGACAAAAUAAUGUUUACACUAAUUGUUUUAUCUGCAAUAAGUUUAGGUUAUCUGUGCUAAUGCUUCAUCUGAUUUUGCCGUUAAGGGGUUCGACAUGAAUGGGAUACAUUCAACAGAGCAGAUCAGAAUUAUUUUGUGAAUGAUAUUAUACAUAUAAUGAAUGAUAUUAAUUAUUAAUUUUUUGUAUUUAUUAAUGUAUUUAUGUAUGUGUAUCUGACUUGAGUAAUUAACUUAUAAACUUGUUUGACGCACAUAUUAUAAUUAUUUUUAUAUAUAAGUUAGAAUAUGAUAUAUAUAGUUUGAGUGUAGCAAUAUACAUGUGAAAUAAAUUCUUAAACAUAAA